AUGGAACGCCAGACUACGAACAUGCGCGAAGCCGUUCCCGUGGAGAAGAGGGUCGCCGUUGCCCUUUAUAAGCUUUGUUCAUCUGCCGAGGACAGGACAGUCGCCCACUUAUUUGACAUGGGCAGAUCCACGGUCAACAUCAUUUAUCGCGAGUUCUGCGAAACCGUGGUGGCAUCAUUGGAACAUGAAUGGGUCAAGAUGGUAACUGGAAAUGACAUGGAGAACCACAUCGGGGAAUUCUAUGCUUCCACCGGAUUCCCGCAAGGUGUCGGCGCUCUGGACGGAUGCCAUUUUCCGGUUUCUCCGCCAAAGGAACACGCCAGCGACUAUUAUAACUACAAAGGCUGGCACAGCGUGAUACUGCUCGCACUGGUGGAUCACUGUUACGUGUUCCGGUACACAAACGUUGGAUCACCGGGAAGAUGCCACGAUGCACAUGUGUACCACCAAUCAAGCCUGUCUCGCCUUGUUUCGGGGCCCACAUUCAGGCACCCAACCACCCUGAUAAGCGGCGUUGCUGUGCCCCCACUGAUACUUUGCGAUCAGGCAUUUCCCCUCACGCCGAACCUUAUUAAGCCAUUUGCGAGCACAAGCAGCUCUGAAGAGCAAAAGCAUUUUAACUAUCAGCUAUCAAAAUCUCGCAGAAUAGUAGAAAAUGCAUUUGGGCGGCUUAAAGCCCGUUUCAGGUUUAUAAUGAAGAGAAUGGAAUGUGACAUCAGCAAUGUGCCGCUUAUAAUAAGGGCAUGCUGUGUACUGAAUAAUAUUUGCGAACACUUUGGUGAUGCUGUAUCGCAGCAGUGGAUCGGUGAGGCGCAGCUGUACGACACAAUAUUUCAGCAGCCAACACACACUACGGAUGCACUCGUCGCAACUGGAAGAAACAUUCGAGCUGCAGUUGCCAUGCACUUGCACCAACAUAUGGACCACUAGCAAAGCCAAGAAGUCGAAA